UUCUGAGCAGAACACCUUCCAGACAUAAGCCUCCUCUUCAGUCCAACCUGCUAGUGCCAGGUCCCCCGGGGAUAUUCAGGGCACUGCUAUGUCUUUCCCUCUCCUUCAGGACAGCCAGGCUGUUGGGAGGCUGCAGAGAACCUCUGAGAUUGGUACCAGCCACAUUAUACCCAUCUUCUGGAUGACCCCACUGGAGUGGCUGGAGAAAAACAUGCACAUCUCUGUGUCGGAGUCCUUGAGGCAAAGCCUACCGCUGCCAGCUCUGCAGCAAGAUGCAGGCACAAAUGUUACCCCUGUCCUUAGCCGCUCUGCAGGCACCUGGAUGACUCCCCCAGCACUGCUGGAGAAAAGUACGAACACCUCUGCGGAAUGGUCUGUCUGCGCAAAGGAUAGUGCAGCAGAAACAGAUUCCCUGCUCUGGCACUGUUCACGGGAGCACCUGAGUGUCCUGUCCCGAGCAGAACUGGAGGGGCGGCUGGAGAGCACACUUAUCAUCAUUGAAGCCCUCUCAUGCCAGCUACGGGAUUGGCAGCAGAGCCAGGGGCCAGUUCCUCAUCUGGGACCGGCAGAGCAAAGAGAUGUGCUCACGCAGACGGACAUCGCCCAUCCCAAAGUAGAGGAGCAGCUUUAUCAUGAUUUGUACCUGGCAGCCAGAGAGAGACUCAUGGCCUUGCAGCGGAACCGGGAGGAUGAGCAGGCUCUGCAACAGGAGCUGGAAGAGGCCAGGGAGGUAGUGAAAUCCUGGAGUGUGGAGUCACAGUCACUCUUAGACUCUGCAAAUGUUUCCCUGAAGAAUCUUCAGGAAGACAGACAGGCCCUAAAACAACAGCAAGACCAAAUGAGGGCCCUGCUCUCCCUGGACCAGAGCAUGCUGGACAGAGUGGCGACCAAACUGAAGAGCUGCCUGGCGGAGCGGGAUGAGAUGCGGAGCAGGGCUGCUGAGGCACUCGAGGCUAAAGAUGUGGCGAGCACAGAGCUGGAGCUGAUUUCUGGCAAGCUGAAGGAAGUGACAGCUGAGCUGCAGGACUCUUUGGCCCAGGUGGAUCAGCUGACUGUGGCAAACUCCAGGCUGGGAGCAGAGCUCAGCACGCUGUUGAGAGACCUGGCCAGCCUGCAGUGCGAGCGGGAUGAGCUGCAAGAGAACCAUGCAGCCCUGGCGGAAGAGAUGGCGCAGCUGGCCAGGGAGCAGGCACUCCUCCGGCAGAAGCAUGACAGGGUGCGACAGGAGCUGCGUGAGAUGACGGAGUGCCGCGAGUUCAUUGACCAGGAGAACCGGGUGUGCCGGGAGCAGCUGACAGAGACGGAAAGGGAGCUGAAAGCCACCCUGGCAGUCCUGCGGGAGCGCAGCAUGCAGUUUGAGGAUCAAAAGGAUGCUUACCAGCACCUCCAGAAAGAGCGGGACACCCUCUGUGAGGCGCUGGACUGCAGCAAGGUAGAAGCCCUGGGCCUGCAGCUCAACAGGGACAAACUCCUGAAGUCCGCCCUGGAGCUUGCUCAGACCAAGGGGAGGCUGCUGGACCUCACGGAUGUUCUCCAGGCUGCCUUGCAAGGAGAGGCUGCUGCUGCUGCUACUUCAAGGAGCAUAGCACGUACCCCUCACAGCAUGCCUGGCUCCUUCGUGGGCAGCGUCUUGAAAGCUGUGGAAGGAAAAGGCACUGAUGAAGAAGCUGCUGGAGGCUGGUGCACAAGUGCUGAGAUAUCAGCAGAGAUCGAAGAGAGCCUGUGGGAGACUGCCUUGGAGCUGCGAGCUGCUGUGUCUCAACUCGUCACUGUGAGCUCCCAGAGCCAGAAGGCGAAUCACAAUGAGGUUCAGGAGCUGCAGGCCCAAAUCUCUGAGCACCAGCACCAGCUGGAGAGCCUGGAGUCCAGGCUCCAGGCCGAGAUUGAUGCUCGCGAUGCAAACAUUGCCAAGCUGAACAAGACAUUGCAAGUCAGCUUUCAGGCAGAGAAGGAGCUGCAGGACAUCAUGCGGCAACAAGAGAAGCAGAUGUUGCAGCUCAUUGACCGGAGCGGGGAAGUCACGCAUUUGAAGGCCGAGGUCUCUCACCUGCAGCACCUGCUCCGGCGGGUGGAGACAGAGGCUCGUGUGCUGUGGGAGGAGGUGAGGGGACGGGAGCCUAGCGUGACGACGCUGGAUGCUGAGGCUGUCCAGGAGAAAGUCUUGCUACGGCAGGAGGUGAACAAGCUGAGGGAGCUGCUCCUGGAGACGCAGAGAGACAACCAAGAGCAAAGGAGAAUCCAGGAGGGGAAACUCCACCAGACACAGACACUGCUGAGGAGCCAUGAGGCAAUGCAAGAGAAGAUCAAAGAGGCUCUUUCUUCCAUCCCUGCUGCGGUGACAGCCGGCUCCCGGGAGCUCCAGAACCUGCUGCAGUACUUUGGGCUGAAGCUGAGGGAGGGCGCUAGAGACUCGGGAGAUGCUCUGUAGCUGUGAUGCGCCCCCGGCCCAACUUCCUCCUGUGUGUUUAUUUAUUAAAGUUUUGGCACCCUGUGCUGCUCUCCUCA